CCUUCUUCUACUAGCUGCUGCCUAGGGAGGAGGAGAGUCUAAAAGCACUUGUCAGCAGUGGCUAAGAAAGCAGAGCCCCAUCUUGAUGUGAUAUUCUAGAAGAGGAGAUUGAUCUUUCUCUACAGGACUAAAGAAAAUCCUGCUGAGUCAUCAGCUCUUGUCUGAAUGAGGGAGAGAAGAUAGUGCUUGUUCAUCAUGACCAAAGAAGAAUAAAUAACCUAUACGCAUAAUUAUGGAAGACAUUGACCUAGAAAUUGCUGGACAGGCACCAAAGUAUUCUACUAAUGUGGAGAUAGAUGACAGGAGACACAAAGAAAAAGAGGGAAAAGGCAAACCAUCUGAAAUCGUUGGUCCAGUCACAAUUUUUCGAUAUGCAGAUGGGCUGGAUAUCAUUCUCAUGCUAUUUGGAACAAUAGCAGCAAUAGCGAAUGGAGUUUGCCUUCCUCUGAUGUCACUAGUUUUUGGUGAAAUGAGCGAUGGUUUUGUGAGUGGCUGUAUAUCCCAGGAGAGUUUACCUAGUUCACUGAGCUGCAAUCAGUCACAAGUGCCCUUUGAAGAGCAAAUGACAGAGUUUGCUCUAUAUUAUAUAGGUAUUGGAGCGACUGCUUUAGUGUUUGGCUACCUGCAGAUCUCAUUUUGGGUUUUGGCAGCAGCAAGGCAGACAAAGAAAAUAAGAAAAACUUUCUUCCAUGCAGUUCUGGGACAGGAACUUGCCUGGUUUGAUACCAGUAAUUGUGGAGAGCUUAAUACACGUCUGACUGAAGACAUUAAUAAAAUCAAUGAUGGCAUUGGAGACAAAGUCGCUCAGCUGUUUCAGAACAUGACAACUUUCAUAGUAGGCAUUGUGAUUGGUUUUGUGAAGGGAUGGAAACUUACACUUGUGAUUCUAGCCACAAGCCCCCUCGUUGUAAUAUCAGCAGCAUUUUGUUCUAAGAUGAUCAUCAUGUUAACCAGUAAGGAGUUAACGGCCUACGCCAAAGCAGGUGCAGUAGCAGAAGAAGUCCUGUCAUCCGUGCGAACUGUUGUAGCCUUUGGAGGACAAGAGAAGGAAAUCAAUAGAUAUACAAGUAAACUCGGAGAAGCAAAAAACCUUGGUAUAAAAAAGGCUAUUGCCUCUAAGCUGUCUCUUGGGCUUUUGUACCUAAUUAUAAAUGGCUGCUACGGGCUUGGGUUUUGGUAUGGAACUACCUUAAUUCUUGAUGAGAAUACGGACUAUACCAUUGGGACUGUUCUGGCUGUUUUCUUCUCCGUAACUUUCAGUAGUUAUUGCCUUGGGACAGCAGCGCCACACUUUGAAACUUUCUCUAUUGCUAGAGGAGCUGCCUUUAAAGUUUUCAAGAUAAUUGAUCAGAAACCCACUAUCAACAGUUUUUCUUCAGAUGGACACAGACUCGAUCACAUCAAGGGAACACUUGAAUUUAAUAACGUACAGUUCAAUUAUCCUUCAAGACCAGAUGUCCAGGUACUGAAAGGUCUCACUCUGAAAAUUGAUUGUGGACAAACAGUGGCAUUGGUUGGAAGCAGUGGAUGUGGUAAGAGCACAACGGUCCAGCUGCUUCAGAGGUUUUAUGAUCCACAGGAAGGAGUGAUCACAGUGGAUGGACAUGACAUAAAGUCUCUUAAUGUGAGGCAUUACCGAGAAUUCAUUGGUGUGGUCAGUCAGGAACCUGUUCUGUUUGGGACAACAAUUAGAAACAAUAUAAAAUAUGGUCGAGAGGAUGUAACUGAUGAGGAAAUUGAGAAUGCAGCAAAAGAAGCAAAUGCUUAUGAUUUUAUCAUGGAGUUUCCUGAUAAAUUUAAUACUCUCGUAGGAGAGAGAGGAGCACAGAUGAGUGGUGGCCAAAAGCAGAGAAUAGCCAUCGCUCGAGCUCUGGUGCGCAAACCUAAAAUUCUCUUGUUAGAUGAGGCCACGUCUGCCCUGGAUACAGAAAGCGAGUCAGUUGUCCAGGCUGCACUGGAAAAGGCCAGCAAAGGUCGGACCACUCUUGUAAUAGCUCAUCGGCUUUCCACCGUUCGGACUGCAAAUGUAAUAGUGGCCCUAGCAGAUGGUGCAGUGGCUGAAGUAGGAACUCAUACAGAGCUGAUGAAGAGAAAGGGGUUAUAUUAUGCACUUGCCACCGCUCAGUCUAUUAAAACAGAAGACAGCGAAGAAUCCACAGAAAUGAUUUCCUUAAAAGAUCAUGAAGUAUCCCCUGUCAAUGGGCUGAUUUCUAAAAGAGCAAGCAUAAACCAUGUUUCUCAGAAAAAGACUGAAGAAGAAGCCGCACCUGAAGAGGAACACCUCCCCAAAGUUUCUUUCCUCAAGCUUUUUAGAUUAAACAGGUCUGAGUGGCCUUUCAUUGCAUUGGGGACUCUAGCUGCUGUUGUUAGUGGAGCAUGUCAUCCUGCCUUUUCCAUCAUCUUUGCUAAAAUUAUAACAAUUUUUUCAAUAAAAGAUGAUCCAGAGAGGAUCCGGCAUGAAGCUAACAUUUUCUCCAUCAUAUUUGCUGCGAUAGGUGUGGUUUGCUUUAUCACUUGGUUUUUGCAGGGAUUUCUUUACGGGAGGUCUGGAGAAACCCUAACAAUGAGAUUAAGGCAUAUGGCAUUUAAAGCCAUGUUGCGACAGGAAAUCUCUUGGUUUGAUGACAAGAAAAACAAUACUGGAGCUCUGACAACAAGAUUAGCCACAGAGGCAGCACAAAUUCAAUCAGCAACAGGUUUGAGGCUUGGUGUAAUAGCACAAAACAUCUCCAGCAUGGGAUUGUCGGUCAUCAUUUCUUUUAUAUAUGUGUGUGAGAUGACUCUGCUUGCUGUGACUGGGAUGCUAGAAACCAGUGCAUUGACUGGAUUUGCCAACCGAGAUAAAAAGGAACUGCAACGAGCAGGAAAGGUAGCAACUGAAGCUGUGGAGAACAUUAGAACAGUUGCUUCAUUAACUAGAGAGAGCACUUUUGAACAAAUGUAUGAAGAAAACCUGAAGACGCCAUACAGAAAUGCUCAGAAGAAAGCUCAGAUCUACGGUUCCUGUUAUGCAUUCAGCCAAGCUUUUAUGUAUUUCACCUAUGCGGCAAGCUUUCGAUUUGGGGCGUACUUAAUAACAGUUGGAAGAAUGACCCCUGAGAGCGUCUUCACAGUUUUUUCUGCAAUUACAUAUGGUGCUAUGGCACUUGGUGAGACAUUAACCUUUGCACCUGAAUAUGCCAAAGCCAAAUCAGGGGCCGCACAUUUGUUUGCUCUGUUUGAAAGGACACCAGCCAUUGAUAGCUACAGCCAAGAAGGACAUGAGCCGGCCACAUUCAGAGGAAGUUUAGAGUUCCAUGAAGUGUCUUUCACUUACCCAUCUCGCCCAGAUGUUCCCAUCCUGCAAGACUUAUCUCUUCAAAUUGAGAAAGGACAAACUGUGGCCUUUGUUGGCAGCAGUGGAUGUGGGAAAAGCACUUCUGUUCAGCUUUUACAGAGAUUCUAUGACCCUCUCACAGGGCAAGUGCUAUUUGAUGGCAUCAAUGCAAAACAUUUGAAUAUCCAGUGGCUCCGCUCUCAAAUAGGAAUAGUCUCCCAAGAGCCAGUGCUCUUUGACUGCAGCAUCGCUGAGAAUAUUGCCUAUGGGGAUAACAGUCGGAAUGUGCCACUGGACGAGAUACAAGAAGUAGCAAAAGCAGCAAAUAUUCAUUCUUUUAUAGAAGAACUUCCAGAGAAAUACAGCACUCGGGUUGGAGAUAAAGGAACACAACUCUCUGGUGGCCAGAAACAACGAAUAGCUAUUGCAAGGGCUCUUCUCCGGCAACCAAAAAUUUUGUUGUUAGAUGAAGCCACUUCUGCUCUUGAUAAUGAGAGUGAAAAGGUGGUACAACAGGCUCUUGACCAAGCACGGAAAGGAAGGACCUGUAUUGUGAUUGCUCACAGGCUGUCCACAGUACAGAAUGCAGAUGUCAUUGUUGUUAUUAACAAUGGAAAAAUAAUAGAACAAGGAACUCAUCAGCAACUAAUGGCAAAGCGUGAAGCAUAUUUUAAUUUAGUAAAUGCACAAACACAGCACUAAAACAAAGACAAUCCUUGAGGCCAUUUUUAGAAAUGAGCUGUCAGCAAAAGAGUAGUUAGCAUCCAGAGAAUACGAUCUGACCUUCUGGAUUUACCAGCAACUCUUUUUUUGGUUUUUCUUUUUUCUUUUUUUGUGUGGACACACAGAUGUUCCUGAGGACCUGGAGUAGUUUCACUUGCUCAGUGUUCUUGCCUUUCAUAUAAAAAGAUGCCCUUUUGGGGAAAUCCAUGUUGGAGAACUUUUAAACAUAGGCUUGAGGUUUAAUACAGAGUUAAUAGGAAUGUGGGAAAAUAACACCUCUUUCUCAGGUUAGCUACAGAGCAUGUUUCAGUAUUUCCCUCAAAUGUGGUUACUCUAUUCUCUCUACUUGCUCCAUAAAAUAUGCAACUGGCCAGGAACUCUUUUUUGCUUUAGCAGAUAUAUGGGGAUAUUAAAAAAAUCUUAAUUACUUAUCAAUUUAAAUAUAUCUUUUGAAAUCAAUGUAAGAAUUCAUUUUAUUUUUUGUAUAAAGGCUGCUAUAAAUCAUUACAUGUUUGCUACUGUUGAAACUAGGGAUG